UUUUGCUAUACACUAUCCUUACUCAAGGAUAACAGCUAAUGAUAAUCUGUGCAUUUUCUUUCUAUACCCUCUGCUAUACCCGAUGAUGUUGUGAUUUCGUUUCUAUGUUCUCUUUCCUUGGUUCCAUAGGGUUUACACGUUACUAGUAUGGAAGUUGUGCAUCUCUUGUAUGUCAAAUGAUAGAAGGCCGGUCAGAUAGGACGGUGGCGAUUUCUUUUUUUUUUUUUUUUUCCUUCUGCCGCAUUUCCUGGCAAAGAUGUCUUUGCCUCGAUCAACAGAAUGGCUCAAGUCAUUCUCCACUCUUCUUGUACCCAUUUCCCUUUAUUCUCUUCUCUUCUUUUUCCUUCUCGUCAUAUUUUGUUUGGUCUAGGCGGGCGUUUUCAGUCUACUGGUCUUCUCAGUGUUUACCUUACCGAGCAUUUUAUGAUUAUCUUCACUCUACUCAGCUAUUCAUGUUUUCAUGUUGGAUAUUGGAGUCUGCGCCCUGCGGAUGCUAGUUGCGUAUGUUGAUGCUUUCAAUGUUUGUGUUUAUAG